AUGGCUUCUAGGGCGCUGCGCGCGUCCGCCUUCCGCCGUGCGGUCCCAGCCGCGCGCGCCGCUACGCGUUCAUGGGCAGAGGGAGCGGCGGUCGCGCUCCGGCCUGCGCACCGCCUUUGCCAGUUGCAUUGCUCUGCUCGAGCCAACUCUUCGCUAAAGGAGGUCCCAUAUACGUUGAAUCAGCCGUUAAGAUACUCAACAACUAUCUUUCAAAGGUUUGGCUUUUCAUCUUCUACCCCACAAGAGAAUGAUAAGGAGGUAAACCAACCCAAAGACCGGGAAGAAAUAAAUGCUGAAACUUCGAAGGAAGACAGUGGUUCAUCUGGAGGUGCAGAGGACCUUGAUCUGUCAAAGGAGGAUCUAGUGAAGCUAGUUCUUGAGAAGGAUGAAUUACUGACCUCGAAAGAUGAAGAAAUCAAAGAUAUGAAGGACAAGGUUUUGCGCAGCUUUGCAGAAAUGGAAAAUGUCAUCGCACGGACAAAGCGUGAAUCUGAGAACUCGAAAAAAUUUGCAGUACAGAACUUCUCUAAGAGUUUGUUAGAUGUUGCUGACAAUUUGGCUAGAGCAUCAUCUGCUGUGAAGGAGAGCUUCUCAAAAUUAGACACAUCUGAAGAUUCUAGUGGAGCUGUACCAUUACUAAAAACCCUACUGGAGGGUGUAGACAUGACAGAUAAACAACUCGGCGAGGUUUUUAAGAAGUUUGGAGUAGAAAAGUUUGAUCCAUUGAAUGAGAAAUUCGAUCCUGAGAGGCAUUGUGCGAUUUUCCAAAUGCCUGAUACUUCAAAACCAUCAGGAACUGUUACUGCAGUUGUAAAGGUGGGCUACAUGUUACAUGAUCGCGUUCUCCGCCCAGCAGAAGUUGGUGUUACAGAGGGAGGUCCCUCUGAAGAAGAGCCUGAGCAGAAAUCAGGUGGAGAUUAGAUUAAAUUGAUUUAGUAAUAUACCAAAAGCACAUGAAGAGGAGGUAGCUGUUCCUCAUCAGCAAAGGAGCUCGGCGAUAGCAGUGUUUGGGAUGUUUUUUUUUCAUGCUAAAAACAAAGUAUUCUUGUUGAAAUGCUGUUUGUAUGGGUUUACGGUAUACCAUUCCUCGGCAGCCAGUGUCUUCGAGAACUUU